AUGCCUUCACCUUCAACAACGCCCCUAGCAGUGUCUGACGAUCUAGUUGAAACAUUCAUCGAGAUAUUGCAUCACCAUUACAGUAGAGAUCAGAGCGAUGCUAUUGAACAAAAUUCAAAAGUUUACACUAUUCCCAACUCAAUGAGAGAUGGUUACUCGGCAGUUUAUCGAAAUAGCAUUUGCAAACCAGACGAAAAACUUGGUGCUUACAUUGAUGAGCGUCUUGACAAUUAUUACACCUAUUUUGAAAUUGUCAACAAAAUCUGGCCAGAUAAGAAUUUCUUUGGAACACGUCUUUUCAAUAAUACCAAGGCAAAUGAUUAUGAUGAUUUUUACACAUUUCAGACUACUAAAGAAGUCCAUACUAGGCGUACCAAUUUUGGUUCUGGUUUAAUUGAAGUGGUUACCAAGCAUAAACAUUAUAAUUCCAAAAUCGUGGGAAGCUUGCCUCACUUCGAUUUGUAUAACAAUGACAAGCCUUACCGAUUUAUUGUCUCCAUUUUUUCCGCGAAUCGUGCAGAAUGGUGUAUCACUGAUUUGAUGUGCCAGGCUUUCAAUUUGACAAAUACCGCACUAUACGAUACUCUUGGUCCAGAAUCAACAAGUUAUAUCUUGGGGUUGACUAAAUCCCCGGUGGUCGUUUGUUCGAGGGAUAAAAUUAUGAGGUUAUUGUCUCUUAAACUCGAAAAAAGCAAGAGCUUAGAUACCUUAUUGGUAAUUAUUUCCAUGGAUAAAUUAGAUAUCCAAACCGAUUAUGCCCUUUUCAAAAUUGCAAGUGAUUUGGAUAUUAAUUUAUUCGAUAUGGCACAAGUUGAAAGCUUGGGUAGAAAUUUUCCUGUCGAAUUAUCGCCGGUAGGCCGUGACGAUGUCUAUACCAUCUCCUUCACUUCUGGUACUACUGGUAUGCCUAAAGGUGUGGUAAUUCCUCAAAAAAUGUAUAUUGCUUCCAUUAAGUUUAUGCUUCAAUUUAGUAACACUGUUAAAAAUGCCAAUCCUUUUUCAUUAGAGAAUCCUGUCAACUACUUGUGUUUCUUGCCGUUAAGUCAUAUCUAUGAACGUCAACUCAUUACGUACUCGAUUAUUACUGGUGCAAACAUUGGUUUCCCAAAGACCGCUACUCCAGUGGCAACUUUGAUUGAAGAUUUAAAGAUUAUCAAACCACACUAUUUUAUUUCUGUGCCUCGUGUCUAUACUAAGCUUGAAGCUGGACUUAAAGAACUCAUUGAUCGUCAAGGCCGUUUUUCUGGCUCGGUCAUGAAAAAGACUAUCCACGAGAGAAUUCAAAAGCAAAGUUCAAAAGAAUCAGAAUUGGAUAAGCGCUUUAUUUACGACCAAAUUUAUACUUCCAAACUCCGCGCAUCUAUAGGGUUUGAUAAUAUGGAAUAUAUUACUACUGGCAGUGCCCCGAUUUCUAUAGAGACCUUGCGCUUCUUGCGUGCUUCAUUGUCAGUGGCCACUGGUCAAGGUUAUGGCCUUACUGAAACCUUGGGAGGAAUGGACAUAUCACAUGGCUUGGAAGAUGAUUUGGGAAGCUCGGGGCACGUUGGCAAUACAACAGAGGUGUGUUUGAGAGAUUUACCAAGUAUGAAUUAUGUGCAUGACGAUCCAGAUGGUAUUCCAAAAGGUGAACUUAUGGUUCGUGGUCCGCAAGUGUUUGAAUAUUACUAUAAGCGUCCCGAAGAAACUGAGAAAGCUUUUGAUAAAGAUGGAUUUUUCCAUACAGGUGAUAUUGCUAAGAUUGAUAAAAAGGGAAGAAUUCAUAUAAUUGAUCGUGUCAAGAAUUUCUUCAAAUUAUCUCAGGGAGAAUACAUUACUCCGGAGCGCAUUGAGAACAUCUACCUCAGUAAUUGCCCAUUGUUGACGCAAAUUUUUGUUUAUGGUAAUUCUUUCAAAUCUCACCUUGUGUCCAUAAUUGGGUUUGAACCAUCUAUAUUACGGCACUUCCUUCUUGAAAAACAUGCCAAGGAGAUUCCAACGGAUAUUUUGGCCGAAUUGCGUCAGGCUUGCACUGAUGGCCAAGAUGCAAAUGAGACAAAGAUGUUUGAAUACUUGAACCGCACGCAGGCCUUGAAGAGAAUUCUCUUGCUUAGAAUGAACAUCAUGGUGAAUGGAGCCAAGAAAAAAGGAGACUCUAGUUUAUUGCAAGGCUUUGAAAAAAUUCAUAACUUCAAGGCCGAUGUUAUGCCAUUGAAGGUAGAAGAGAACACAGUCACUCCGACCUUCAAAUUGAAGCGUAUUGUUGCCACUAAGCGUUUCAAGCAAGAUCUAGACGAUUUAUAUUCUCAAGGCUCAUUGCUUAAGGGCUCUAAAAUUUAA